AUGCAGUCGCCGGGUAUACGCCGCAUACGUUCAGAGUCUGCAGAUCCCCGCCGCACGAGAAGUACUAGUGCUGUUGCUAUCCCAUCCGAUACAUUACCAAGCCCGCCAUUCACUCACAAUCAACAGAGGACGAGUAGUAACAGUAAUCCUCAUAGUGACAACAAAAACCAUACUAAUAAUAAUAUUAAUAAUAAUAAUAAUAAUAAUAAUAAUAAUAAUAAUAAUAAACCUAAUAGUCAUGAUCAUUAUUUCCAGAAUGGCAGAAGGUUCGUUUCCUCUUUACCUUCUACACAACAACAACAACGAUGGGCAUAUGAUGUGGAUGAGACCACUAGUCUAGAUAGACACCGGCAUCUCUCCAGUAUAGAGAAGGAACUCCAACAGUGGAGGGAAAAGACAAAGAUCCUCGAACAUGAUGUUCUCUAUCGUGAACAGGAAUUACAUCGGUGUAAGUCUGAACAAACAACAGCACGUCAACACUAUGAACAUGUGAUACGGGAAUUAUUAGAAAAACAAAAACAACUCACAGCAGAACUACAAACAUCUCAAGUAGAACUUAAACAUCUUCGGGAUGUGGUAGCGGCGAAGAGGACAUCAACGGAGAGUGAAAUACUGCAGAUGCGAGAAGAACAGCAAUUGAGAGAAACAAAUCAUAAACGUGAAAUGGAAGUUGUAUUAGAGAAACUUGCAAAGGCGGAUGUGUACAUUCAAACCCUCUCAGAUGAGGCAGUGGCCUAUCAAAUGGAGAUUGAUCAACUACGUGCAGAGCUUAGUGGGAAGGAGAAGAAUAAAAAGAAGAAAACAACAGAAGAAGAAGAAGAAGAAGAAGAGGGGGAAUUGCAAAAGAAUAAGAAGAAGAAUAAUAUGUUGAAACAUCAAAUGCAAACACUUCAAGAGAUGUUAGCGCAAUUAACAAAUACAGCAUUAGUGUGUGCCGAUAGUUGUGAUGAGAUGAGUCGCGAGUGUGAAGAAUUGAUUGAUGUUGUGAAGGAAGAACAGGAACAUCCCUUUAUUGAGAGUGAUGUUAAGAGUCCUGUAUUAGAAGAAAUGUCUACAAAGAGAAAUGGUCCAACACGACCUCUCACGUUUAUUUCAUGUAAACCCACUGGAGCGGAAUUAGAGCAUCUCUUGCAUGUAACUCUAACAAAACAACAGAAAAAGAAAAAAAGUAAUUAUGAUAUGAAUGGUCUUCUUCAAAAAGAAGAAGAAAAAGAAAUAGAUAGUCAUAAUAAUGAUAAUGAUAGUGAUAAUAAUAAUAAUAAUGAUCGUUUCAUGGAAGUGACUAUUCGAAUUAUUAUACAAUUACUUCAGGGAAUACAGCAGGCCCUAAACGCGGCGAAAGAUGAUGUUCUUAUUGCCGGCCGUGCCUACGCAGCCUUAUGCCGUGCGGGCCGAACGCUUCAACAUCAAUACAUGAAUUUACAGUCGGUGUGUGCGGCGGAACGGGCGGAGUGUCUCUCUGCUCGCACAUUCGCAGAAGAACAGUCAACAAAUGCGCAGACGGCCCAACGGCGAGCUGCGGAAUUGCAGUUGGCAUUAGAUGAGAGUGCCUCUAUUAUGGCGGAGGCGGCGGCACUCGCGGAGGAGCGAACGGCGCGGGUGGAGAAACUCCUGCGGGCCAACACUGCGUUGGAGGCGGCAUUGCAGGAACAACAACAACAGCGGCGAGAGGGGGAAGUGGCCUGCCGUGCAGUGGAGGAUAAACUACACGCAUUGCAGGAGGAAAUGCGAAGAGAACAGGGAGUCUAUUACAAUACAAAUGAGGAACUCCACCGCACUCAACGAACCCUGCGGAGUGUGCAGAGUGAACGAGAUGAGAAGGAAAAACAAUUACGGGAAACAGAGCACCGACUGUUGUUAUUGCAAGAGACAUCUCGACAGAGUGAAGUGGAUCGAUUGUAUCUACAGAAGCAGGUGGCGGCGUUAGAGUCUCAACUCACACACAUUCAACAAGACAGACGUGGAUUGCGAGAGGCGAAGGAACUGGGAGAGUGGGAAUCACGACAAUUAAGAGUGCAGAUUGAUCGAAUGUGGCGAGAUGGUGGAAACAGUAUAAAUAGUGUUGUUGGAUUGACAAACUCCCCACAGUCUAUACAAUCAAAAUCACAAGAAGAAUUAAAGAGGGAAUUACCAUCAUGUAGUGAUAACAGAGAAAUAGAAAGAAUCACAACAAGAAGCCCUGCAAAGGCAACAAUAACAAUAACAACAAAAGAGGUUCCUGUUCUUCAUCAUCAUGAUGAUGUUUUGAGUUCAUCACCGCCCAUGCAGACGGCAGAUCCAUCAAUGGAUAAAGUACAAUGGUGGGAGGCAAAGUUAAAAGCUAUUACAUCUUCCCUGUCGGGAUCUCAGCCACUCUCUCAUACUCACUCAACUCCUCUUGGAGGUGAAAAAGAACUAGAGAAGAAGCUAGACUCUCUCUUUACAGAAAAGGGUGUCUCUCUUGUAUAUAGUACCCCAACUACCUCAAUAAAUACGAACAGAGCGAAUAAUGCCGCUUCGUAA